AUGGAUCUCUUUACCUACAACCCUACCUACCGCGUCUGGAUCUGCCUCCCGUGCCGGUAUGCUAUACAGCCGUCGAAUCUCGUUGGCCAUCUAGCCGUGCGCCACAGGAGGCAUCCGUCGUCAUCUACGGGGCAGCUCCGGCUCGUAGCCCACCGCAUAAUGAGCAAGCAGCCGUGCAUAGACCCUACUAAGGGGGACGCCGUCGUCUUCCCGCCCGCCGAUAGCCUUCCGAUCGCGCACCUACCCGUCUAUAGGGGCUAUCGAUGCCCACACUGCCCCUACGUUAGUCGCGAUAUAAGGACGCUUGAUAAGCAUCGCGGCCAGCACCAUCGGACGGAGGAGCCGCCUAGGAAAGUUGGUGCGCAGCCGCGCGGAGCAGUAAAUAGGCGCUAUGUAAGCCGGCCAGUAAGCUGCCAGCGCUUCUUCGUCCGUGGCCGAGGGAGCCAUUUCUUUGAGAUGAGCCCGCCGGCUCAGGUACAGCGGAAGAUUACACGGCUCGGGGAAGCGGAUUUCAUCCAGGCCCAGCUCUAUCGGCAGCUCCAGGGCUCGCAGGAGGAGGUUCAGGCGAACGAGGCUAUCGUCCUAACGACCAAGGAUGCGACGGAGGUAUCCCCCUGGCUUGAGCUCACACGCUGGCCAGAAUACGUUGGGGGCUAUCAAUUCGACGAGGUGGGCCCAGUGACAUUCCCCCCGACCCCAUUGGUCCAAACCCUCCCCGAUAGGCUCACGCGGGCCGACGAGGAGGUCGCGCCUACGCAUAGCGACCCGACCGAGUACUCGCCGUGGCUUGAGCUCACGCGGUGGCCGGAGUACAUUCGCGGGCACGCCUUCCGCGAUCUGGCUAUGCUCGCCGCCCUACCCGAUCCUACGGCGGAGCCGAUCCUCUAG